AAAUUUCAAUAAAACGGUAUCAGACACAUCUUUGGUUUCUCAGAUCCAAACACGAGAGAAAGAAAAUGGAGGCCAUCGACUCUGUCUUCGAUCCGCUCAGAGAAUUCUCCAAGGACAGCAUCAGGCUCGUCAAGCGAUGCCACAAACCCGAUCGCAAAGAAUUCUCCAAGGUCGCUGUACGCACCGCAAUCGGUUUCGUUGUGAUGGGAUUUGUGGGGUUUUUCGUGAAGCUCAUUUUCAUUCCAAUUAACAACAUCAUUGUUGGAUCUGGUUAGGAUGAGGGAAACUACAGUCGCCUCAGGAAUUCAAGUUGUUGAGUAAAAGGAGGCAGAAAGAGUUCCCACUUCACUAGAUCGUUCUGUGCCCUAAAUCUUUUUGGUUUUUUUCCUUAUUUGUACGCUUCAGAAACAUUAUAAUUUUGUUUAAAAUGUAAAAUCAAUUUCCAUAGACCCUUGACACAUUGUUUGGAUUUAGUAAAAGAAGGAAAAGAAUUAGAUAAGGGUUUGUA